AUGGAUGACACCCCUCGAUCUAUUCCUCGCGAAGACUACACUGUGGGCUGGAUAUGUGCGUUGCCGACCGAGUCAAUUGCCGCCCAGGCCAUGCUAGAUGAACGUCAUGAGGCGCUGCCGAACCUGCAGCAUGAUGAUAACACCUACACUUUGGGGCGCAUUGCAAAGCACAAUGUUGCCAUCGCCUGUCUACCCAAAAAUCAGAUAGGUACUACUUCUGCAGCGACCGUAGCGACCACUAUGCGGAUUAGUUUCCCUUCAAUCCGAUUCGGCCUCAUGGUUGGCAUUGGUGGUGGAGUGCCUAGCAAAAAGAAUGACAUUCGUCUGGGCGAUAUUGUCAUAUCUACGCCAACCGGAACGAAAACGGGAGUCGUGCAGUAUGAUUUUGGUAAGACAGAGAAGGCAGGUGAAUUUCGUCGGACCGGAGCAUUGGGCAAACCGCCUGCCGAGCUUCUGGGUGCAGUUGCUCAUCUCGAAACAAAGUAUGGCUUGGAGCAACAACUAUCUGAACACAUCUCCAACGGCUUUAGAAAGUGGUUUCCUAACUGGGCUACACGAUACGCGUACCAAGGCGCGGGUUGUGAUCGGCUAUUCGAAGCGGGCGACAACCACCUGGAAAGCGACGAUGAGAACUGUCAACAAUGCAGUGGAUACAAGGUGGUUGACAGAUUGCCUCGUGGAGACUCGUUACCUAUCGUUCAUUAUGGCAACAUUGCUUCCGGAAAUCAAGUAAUGAAGCACGGCCUCUCCCGUGAUCGAUUAUCAAAGCAGGAAGACAUAAUAUGCUUUGAGAUGGAAGCGGCUGGAUUAAUGGAUAACUUCCAAUGUCUGGUCAUUCGAGGUAUCUGCGAUUAUGCGGAUUCACAUAAGAACAAGCGUUGGCAGCCAUAUGCGGCCGCAACUGCUGCUGCAUACGCUAGAGAGAUUCUUCUGACUGUUGCCCCAAAAGUUGUGCAAGGAAUGGCACCAAUUUGGAAUAAUCGUCAUUGGUUGGUACCUAGACCAGUGAAUCCCUUCUUUACUGGCCAAAAAACACUCCUGAAGAUGUUACGCGAGACAAUCUGCGAUAAUCUCCACCAGGAAGUUCAUCACAAACAGCGAAGGUUCGUCAUUAUCGGUAUUGGCGGUGCUGGAAAGAGUGAGGUGUGUUUGAAGUUUGCAGAAGCAAACCGUGACAGAUUCUGGGCCAUCUUCUGGGUUGAUGCUAGCAGCGAAGCAAGUCUUGAACGCAACUUUAUUGACAUUGCAAUAGAGUGUGGUUUGCAGGAACGCAGUUUGAAUGCAGGAAAAAGGUGGCUUGAGAAUACAGAACAUACGUGGCUCCUCAUUGUGGAUAACGCCGAUGACCGCAAAAUCGAUUACAGCAAAUACUUACCAUCAGGAAAUAGAGGAAAUAUUCUUAUGACUACGCGGAACCCAGAAUGCUCGAUUCACUGUACCGUCGGACAAGAACUUCUUGAAAAACUAGAUGUUGACGAUGCCGAAAAACUCCUUUUGAAAGCUUCUGGCAUCGAUGAAAGCCAGUGGGACGUCCGAAAACCUGCUGCAGCAAAUAUAGUCCAACUCCUAGGACGACAUGCCCUUGCCAUAACACAAGCUGGAGCUUUUGUCAGAAAGGGCCUUUGCACACUUGAGGAGUAUCCCCACGAAUUCCAACAUCAGCGUCAGCGACUAUUACGAUUCUGUCCUGAUCAAUCACGGUCGACGUACGGCGGUGUAUAUACAACCUUCGAAGUAUCUGCUCAAGUUCUGGAGAAAUCCUCCGAUCCUCAAGCGAUUGAUGCACUUGAGCUGCUUAGAAUAUUAGCAUUUGUACAUUUUGAUCGUGUUCCGAUACUAAUUUUUCGAAAAGCUUGGACCUAUGCACAAACGAUCCCUUCUAAUGAGGAGAAUGGAUUACAAGAAGAUGUCACCUUUCUUUCACACUGGCAUGUCUCUCGUCUGCCCGGGUUCAUGCGUUCCUUAAACUCCGGGGAGCUUGAUAUCAUAUCUCUACGAGAGGCAGUUCGGACGCUGGCCUCGUUCUCAAUCAUAAGCAUCAAUGAAACAGAUGACAUCUCAAUGCAUCCACUGGUUCAUGCAUGGGCCAAAGAUCGACUGGAUCAAUCCGAUCAGACAAUGGCAUGCAUGAGCUCGGAAGUAUCUAUAUGA